GACAAGCUGCGGGCUUCGGGAUCACGAAUAUACAACACGGACAGCAGUAAACGUCGUCCCGCGAGGCAGGAAAGAAGGAAGAGCUGGCUGCGGUCUCAAUUCAUUGCAGGCGAAUGGGAAAUGGGCGCAUGGAAAGGAGGAGCAUUCGGCCCAAUUGUGAGCUCGUGUUGGGGCUCGGCUUGGCCUGGCUAGCUGUCCCGACCGAUCGAUGGGAUGAGGAGGAUUGCCAGACAAGCAACUGAAAGGGGAUGCAUGGACUGGAGCAAGGAAGGAGGGAGGAACACAGGCAAGGGGAGCGAGGAAGAGGUCAUGCAUGCGCACGCGCUUUUGUUGCGACCGGCGAGAGCCUGGGACGGGACAAGGAUUUCAUUUUAAGCCCAGGCGGAGCUGGAGCUUUGUUUUAUGCGCAGAAAGUCGGAGGGAUCUGCUGCCCGGAUGAGAAGAGGUCCAAAAUCCGGGGGAUCUCCAUGACGAGGACGAUCGGAAGAUGAGCCGAAUCUCUUACAAGUUAGACCUUCCCUGAGUGUCUGUCUUGUGAGUGUGCUGGUGCAAGUUCGCCCGACGUUCGGGCCGGUCUUCCUCUGCAUUGAACCUCAAGCUGCAGCUCCUCUUCUCGCAGCUCGCUCUGUUUGGGGUUUAAUACACACCUCGGGCCAUUUUGUGUGCCAACUGACUCCUAGACACAUCUGUAGAUUUCAGAUUGCUUCAGGCAAGAGCCUGAACAUUUUAGCGUGUUUUGUUUUUGUGACUCUCUCUCUCUCUCUCUCUCUCUCUCUCUAAUUCCACUCACUGGUUGAAAUCGAAAGCGUAGCUCGUCAAUCUACGAAGUGCGGGCCGGGUUCGUGGAUCUGUACAUUUCUUUCUUUCUCGAUAAUUGCAGGUUGUUGUCUCAGGUAGAGAUAGGCCCAAUUUUGUGAGAGACCGGAACGAGUACGGUGGGAAUUGUCGUGACAACGACCACCACUGCACAGAAGUCGUCGACAUCCGCAACCGAGAUGUCAUCCUAUUCCGUGGAGGAAUUCGCAGGCAAUGGCGCUCUGAAGGACAUACUCGACGCGCUCACGGCGGACGGAUGGGACGACGUUCCCACGCUCAAGAUGAUGAGCGCCGCCGACAUGGAGGGGCUCAAACUCACCGACGCCCAGCGGGAUGCGCUGGAAUUGCGAACGUAUUUGCACGACCGGAAUUUGAUGCAGUACGCGGAUCAGCUGGAGGAGUCGGGGAAACGGCUGCCGGAGUUGCUGAGCACGACGCCGGGCGAUCUGGUGUCGCAGUACGGGAUGCGGAGGGGGCAUGUAGCGAGGUUCGUCGAUCGGAGUUCCGCCUGCGGAGUGAUCUUGCCGUCGGAUCUCACACUUCCGGCCAGGAAGCGCCCGGGGGACGCAGACAGCGACGUUAGCAGCUUCGUGAGUCGGAUUUCGGAUCCCAGCGACGCCCACGCGGGAAGUCUGCCGGGUCACCGCCGGCGCCCGUCUCACGAGUCCUCGAACUUCCGACACUUCGAUUCCGACGGCAACAAAACCGACGACGGCGGUGACAAGGCCGUUCCCAUCAAGGGGAUCGUGGCCAACGGCGACACCCCGCCCCGGCUCUGCGGCCUCGUCCAGCCCAAGCGCGUAACGAACGAUGUCACCCCUCUGUCCAUUCUCGAGAAGAUCUACGUGCAGAAACUGGUCCCCGAGCACAAGGCCGGGAUUUCUCCGUGGGUCGAUGGCGAGCUCAAGCUGCCCCCUCCGAUGAAAGCUUCGGAAUUAUGGGCUCGAAACACCGUGCUCCUGCUCUGCGUCCGUCGCCCCGGUUGUGUCAUGUGUCGUGCCGAGGCUCAUCGACUGUACGCGAGGAAAUCGAUCUUCGACUCCCUGGGCAUCCAGCUCGUCGCCAUUCUGAACGAGCAGAUCGACUUUGAGGUGAAGGCAUUUUGGCCUCGUUAUUGGGGUGGUAUGGUGCUGGUGGAUCGGAACAGGGAUUUCUUCAAGGCUCUGGGAGGAGGGCAGCUGCUGACAGAUAAUUUGUGCACUGGGUUUUUCUUCAAUUCACACGCUCGACGGAACUGGAAAAGAGCAACUGCGACUGGGUUUGAUUACAAUACGACCGGGGAAGGCACCAUCAAAGGAGGGCUGUACAUCGUUGGACCAGGAAAGACAGGUGUUGCAUACCAAUUCAUCGAGCGUUCGUUCGGCGAUUGGGCUCCCCUCGAAGAAGUUUUGAGCGUUUGCAGUAAUUUACAAACUAAACCGCAGAAGAAAGAGAACCUGACGAUACAUCAAGAAGAAGACUCGACAACUGCAUGGGAGGAAUCCGAUGUAUAGUUUGAUAUAGAGAAACUAAGCCAUUGAAGUAUUAUCACUUGUAUAGUAGUAGUAGUUCACAAGCAAAUUGCUUGAGUAUCUUCCCCACUUUGUGGGAUCAUAAACACACUUAGACAGAUCUGUACUGUAGUUUAUUUAGGUAGAUCGUGAAUGGAGUUGAUCAUUUGAAGGCUCCUCGUUCGUCUCUUUUUGACAGUCAUCAUUAGCUUAUUAGUUCACGGACAAAUUGGAAGAAGGAGCAGUUAUUAAGUUUUGCACUCCGCGGGGAACUUUGUGGUUCCUCUAGGGUCCAAAUGUACACAACAUCCAAGUUGAGUUCCCCUCAUGUCUCUAGGUUCUUGCCUCUCUGACGGGAAAAAAUUAAUAUUUUAAUUGGUCAGCCCGGGGCUUUGCACCGCUUCAAGAUCGAUCGAGGUUUUGCGUGUCACUUGCGUCUAGAUUCAAGUUGUGUAUGUGGACCGAGUCUUCUGCACGAUCCUGUGCGUUUCAACGAGCCGUGACUGUCUGUCAGCGUGACGUCCUGGAGAGGCUCAGCAGCAAACGUCAUAUUCCCAGUACAGGUCUUGGCUCUCCGUCAUGGCCGGUCCUCUGCAAUGUCCGUAGUUCAAGAUUCGAGUUAAUAACGCAUGAAAAUUUGAGUUGAAUAGUGAACGGCAUCUACUAGGGUCCACAGCUGUAGCUGGAUGGUUGCAGGCUUCAUGAGAAAGGAUAAAGGUCCCUGAUGACAUUCUUCUUUACGACUGUUUCAAGCAAAGUUGAGGUUUUCAGGUCUGAGGUUACGGCCUAUCAGAGAUGGUUAAGAAAAGCUUUCCCUCUUCUCAAAACUAGCACUAUAUCUUCCUCUUAGCUGCACGCCACAGGUUGAAAUUCAGAAACCUCUCUGUAGCCCAAGCCAAUUUCACAUUCUCCUUCAGACUAUGUCAUGUGCAGUUUGUAGACGGUAGCAAACGGGAGCACUUGUUUGCCAACCUCUUCCAAUGAAUUACUCUUCAAUAAACAUAACUAAGUUGUAAGAAAACUGACUAAGAAAUUUAUUAAGUAAGUUAAGGCAGCGCUGCUGGUUGACGAUCUUUCCUUCCGAACAUGCCGUUCACCCAUAUACAUGCCGUUUCAUGUCUUCGGAAAAGAGGUUGAAAGUGUGCUACCAAUGUGUCCUGUCCCAACGAUCUGACGGGUCCUGUU